UCUCAGAUUAGCACCCCAACAAACGCGCCGCAAGGGGUCACGCAAACUCUCCUGAACUAGACGAGGUCCGCAACCCCUGUCCUAGGGCUAUAGGCUAGAGGGAGCGUAAACCUUUGCCGCCGCAAAGCGUUACUGACCAACCCGUGGGAAAUUCAACGUUCCGGUCGGCGAAUCAAAUGCUCUGAACCAUCCGGCACCGUGACGAAGACUCUGGAAUCAUGAAUCGCCAUUAUUGUACAGGGCAAAGAGCCCAACUAACAGGACAGGUGACAUGCGCUCUGCUGGCUAGCGUGGCGCUCUGCGCUCUGAGCUCGGGCCGUCGACUGGCCCAGCAUCGGCUCUAGCCUUCCAGCUUAGUAAUGUCGGUCGUGGUAUAUACUUGGCUAGAGAUUGCGGGCAUCAAAGAUGGCGAGAGCGUAGCUUUGAUGGCGUUGACAAGUGAAAUUGCGAAUCAAAUGGAUCCUCAAUUUCUAGAUGCUGCGAGUUGAGAUUAACGCACCUGAAACUCCUCACCUGAAAUCACAGGCGUCACUGCGGCAAGUAAAUAUUCGGCCCUCGUCACUGGAUCAACUUCUGGUAAAUAGACAAGGUCGAAAUUUCAUUUUGGAGCUUUUCAGCUCCCUUAAAAAACAAGGCUACGGUCGAUCAGACUUCCUUAGCCUCUGCCUUCGAGAGAUCAUAGCCAUCGGGCACGUCAGUGAGUUGCUUAAGGUUUGCCCAGGCGACCAUAUCCUCAUUUAGUCCGGCUUGCCUGCCUGGUUGUAGGCCCGCGAUCUAAUUCUGUGCGAAGACUUGCACGUUUUCGAUGCAGCAUUAGUCUAUUUCAGUACAUGUGCCAAAAAUGCAAUGCAAAACGCUGCACCCUAUGCGUUGGAUGAGCGGGCUAUACCGGCCUCGGUUCUAGUCAUAGAAAACGUGUUACAACCAUGCAGUAUGUGCCUUGAAGCUUCAUGCUAUGCCUUUCACUUUUUUAAGAUGCUCGAGGAGGGCGACGUCAGGGAUGAACUUCUCUGGCUCCGUGCUGGACUGGAAAUUAGGCCGAGUGCCGGAAUUCCAGAAAGGGUUGUGAUUGGCAGCUGUGGGAUAUCGUUAAGAAGCAAUUUGCGAGAAGCUGCGCUUCGUUUCUUAAGCAAGGAUUCAUCUUCGGUCCUGGAUAAACUCCCUGACAGUUUCAGUCAUAACCCUUCGUUCCUUGAUCUGCCCCUCGUUGCAGAUCGCCUCUUUGCAAUAGCGUCCUUGCCGCGUUAAGCUCCUGAAAUUUUAGUGCAUUGUUUGAAUUGAUGUAGGUUUGAUCCUCAACUUGCACAUGGGGUGAUUCUCCCAGUCAUAUCCCUUAUGAUCGCAGUUGCGGCGACUAGGUCAACAGGUUAUCGAAGGAAUGAGCCGCGGGACGAUACAUCAGCCAUCACUGCGGAGUUGGCUUGCACAGCAGCAUCAGUUCUUGCUUGCGGCCGACGUUGCCUAGAGGAACGUCUGGUAAGUCACCCUAAUGAACUCGAAGCUGAUGGAUCCGUCUCACGUGGGGAUGCCCUUCUUUCUCUAUCUCGGUAUUUUCCAGCAGCGCGGCAUGGAGUACUUGUUUGGCUUAAAAAAUGCCUGCUGGACCCUGGGUGGCUCUCGACGAGGCUAUCACGAUUUAGUCCAACCCUCAUUUCUAUACUGAAGGUGUAUGCUACUUACCCACGGUCACAGAGAGAAGUCUUUGAAGUUUUGAAAUUGGUUGUUGAAAAUCCGUGGAGAGCAAUCCCUGCUGCUUCUUAUGCGAAAUGCGAUGGAAGUGCCCUAAGCCCACAUGUCCAAGAAAAGUAUGAACUUACUGAUGCCCGUAAAGCUGCUCUAUUUGCACUUAUUGACCUUGCCGUUGCCUGGCAUGGUGCCCCCGAGGUCCUCUACUUUGUUGAGAACAGCAAGGGCAUUGAUGCGUCUCAAUUAAGGCAUGUCGUUGUGCAACUCUCCCGUAAGACAUUGCCACCAUACUCGUUUCGUUUUGCCCAUGCCGUUGCAACUUUGCUCUCUUGCUUCAAGGCAAAGCAGAUAUGGCACUCAGAAACUUACUCCCACGAAGACCGGCAGCUAAUUCGAACGCUAUCCAGUCAAAUUGCAACUACUCUCCGGGGGCGCACAAUCCAUUACACUUACCUUGCUCAGUUGGGGUGUGGUUAGAGAGUGUGGUAUAUGACCACAACAUGACGAAGUGUCUCAUGCAGGCUAAUAAACAUUAGGGUUCGGCGGUCUAUUCGGCCGAGGGAGGACGCUGCCGAGAAUUCCUCAUGCUACGCAUGGGAAGUGCUCCAUCCUGGGGACCCGGGGCGAAAAGCGCCGCUGGGAUGUAGACCAUUGCGUGUCCUCCGUCCUCGAUUUUUAAUAGGUUAUUCAAUCAAGCCAUCUAAUCAGCUUGGCCUAGACACAAGCCGGAAAUUCCCUUAGAGCCCUUGUAGAUAUGGA